AGACUAACAGCAGACCGAAAACCAGACUCAUUCCAACAACAGUCCCCUAAUUUUUUUUUCUUCUUUGAAGUUACCCCAAGCGAAGCUCUGCGGAGACGGACGUCGCAACGGCUCGGCUAGUCCUUCUCCUCCUCCGGGCGCGCGCCCGUGGCGGGAAGCGCGUGACCCGGCGUCGCUCUCGUGCGCUGAGUCCGAGGCUUCUGUGGAGCUCGCGGAGGCCUCGCGACACAAACAAGGGUGUUUUUGUGUGUUUCGUGCGGGGAAACGCCAACUGAAUAUUUACAAACACCCCGUGAACGUUGACACGAUGGAUAGCGUUACGUUUGUGACGUACUGCCGGAAGAAAGUCCAGAAGAGACCAAAAAGUGUUCUUAUUGUUCGCGAGGGGAGAUAUAAGGAUGUGCGUAGCCUAGCUAGCGUUUAGCUUAGCAGCGAUUUUCGUAUUUUAUGGCAAAAUGACAGAGCAAUUCGCUGCCCAUCUAAUAUAAAAUCUUCUAGUUUAUUUGUUUUUGAACGAGUGAUGCAUAUAAGUGGCUCGGAUUCCUACAAGAACAAAACCUCUCAUAUCAGAGCUUUGCUAACUAGCGAACCAGUGUGAGGAGGAAUCUAUUAAAUUUGUUACUAGACGAACGGUAGCGCGUGUCGUCUCUCUUUAACCCAAAUGAUUGAGUGAGAUGUGAGGGAUGAUCAGCAUAUAAAUAUUUUUGUGGAACUCUUUGUGUGUAAGACUUCUGUGCCCAGCCGUCAGUAUGAAUGGGGACAUGCCACAUGUGCCCAUCACAACCCUUGCUGGGAUCGCUGGUCUCACUGACUUGUUGAACCAGCUGCCUCUGCCCUCCCCCUUACCGGGCACCACCACUAAGAGCCUGCUGUAUAGCGGACGUGUAGCUGAGGAAGUGGGCCGUCUGAUGGGCUGCAGGGAUGAAACUCUGGUCUCUCAGAUCGCUAGCGGCCUCAGCCAGGUCUCCUCGGAGCACAUAGAGCUAAAGGACAGUAUGGGCAGUGAUGAGUUGGAGGGAGAUGUACCUGUGCUUCUGCAGCUGUUGCUGUCCAGGAACCCUAGUAUCUUUAGGAAUAAGACAGCGCCCAGCACACCCCAGUAUCCAGCCCAGGCAGGUAUAGGUCAGCAAUCAAUGGCACCGCCAUAUAAAAUUACGCAUGGCUCCAUGCAGGGAAGUCCAGCCCCUGCCAACUACCAGCAGGCCUCCAUGUCCCACAGCCCCUCUGGGCGUUUUGUGGCAGGGCAGUCUGGUUCUGGUGGACGGUUUCUGCCCCAGCAGAACAGCCCAGUGCCCAGCCCGUAUGCCCCCCAGAGUCCUGCUACAGGCUACAGACAGUACCCCCACCCCCCAGCCUAUAGUCAACACCAGCACAUACAGCAAGUAGCAAGUCCAAUGAUUCCAGGAGGCAUGAGAAAUGUUCAUGAGAAUAAGGAUCAGAUGAGGACCUUCACGGGUGUGUCUCACAUCUUGCAGUCAUCUCCACCAUACACACCUCCUCGCGACGGGGCUCCAGAUGUGCUCCUCAACUCCCCGGACAAGCAACGUGGCCUGAAGCCUGGCGAGGGAGAGCGGGACCCGGCCGAUAAGGCUGCAGUGUAUGAUAUCGUAGGCUCACCGGCAAAAGAUCACACUAAGCUGAUCCUGCGUCCAUCAAGGGUGAGGCCGGCGGAAGUGGAGCUUGGGGGAAUGUACCCGGGCUCGGACCCUGAGGGAGAACUGGUGGAGGCUCUUGCUGCAAUUGAAAGAAUGGAAAGUGAAGCGGCCAUGGAAACAGACCGUAGUGCUAAAGAGGUCCAAGACAAAGAUAAGCCUUUGAAGAAGCGCAAACAGGACUCUCACCCGCAGGAGCCUGGUGCAGCUGGCACAGCAGGUUCAGGCUCUGGGGCUCCAGGUGGGGGAGGAGGGGCUAACGCAGGACAUCGGCUGGCCCCACAAGAGGCCAGUGCUGCGGGCACCAGCGCUAGCCGCCCGGGUUUGCAGGUGACUUUGGAGCACGUGGGAAAGGUAGAGGACGCCUGCAUGGGCAUGCCCAUCCCUGCCAGCGAGGCCCAACGCUGGCCUCAGGAGCCACAAGAGGGCGUCACCCCCAAAGCUCUUAAGCACAAGCAUGACCACGCCCCUGAACAUGGAAAUCGUCAUGAUGACAAGCAGCCAGAUACCCCACGGCAGAAACCGAGGCCUGAGGGUUGCCACGCCGAUGCCAACACGCAGCGUGCUGCCCAGUCGGGGAGUAAUCCUGUAGAGCUUCCUCCGUGCAUGCUGGGUGACCACGCUAGUUCAGGAGCGCUUAAGAACUUUACCAUCCCCAAAAUCAGAAAAGAUGGAGGGGGAGAGAUUCCAGAAGUUUGGAAGCAGCCGUGUGUGCGGCUAGAGAGACUAGAAACUGAGACGGACAUGAAGAAAAGCGUCAAGCCAGUGGUCGUUUUGCAGAAACUCUCCAUAGAUGAAGUGCAUAGGCUCAUGAGGGAGAGGGACUCACGCAGCUCAAAGUCCAGCAAGAACAGGCUGUCCUCUGGGAGGUCUGGGAAAGGUGGUAUGGACCCAUCUGUGUUAAAGGAUCUUCCUCCUGAACUGCUGGCAGAGAUCGAGUCCACCAUGCCUCUUUGUGAGAGAGUAAAGAUGAACAAACGCAAACGCAGCACUGUUAAUGAGAGGCCUAAAUAUGCAGAGGACAGCUCAGAAGAUGAGUAUUCAUCUCGCAAACGUCAGAAGAAGGAUCGCGAUAGAUUGUGGGAGUUUGAUGAACGAGACCGAAGGAAUUUGGGAGAACACAGAAAAGGAAACUAUGAUGUGCGCAGAGGCUCGGGCAGCCGAUACGAUGACUCUGACCAAGACUCACCUCCUCCUAGCCUUAGUGAUGUUGCAAGACGAUUGAAGUCAAAAGAAAAGCAGAAGAAAAGGAAAGCUUAUGAACCCAAGCUAACACCUGAAGAAAUGAUGGACUCCUCCACUUUUAAGAGGUUCACGUUGAGCAUCGACAACAUCUUGGAGAACCUUGAGGAUGUGGACUUUACUGCUCAGGAUGAUGAUGAGAUCCCUCAGGAGUUGUUGUUGGGGAAACAGCAACUAAAUGAGUUGGGUAGUGAAUCCGCUAAGAUAAAAGCCAUGAAUGUCACCUGCAGGAUUCCCUCUGAUAAACUGGUGAAGCUAUUGAACAUCCUGGAGAAGAACAUUCUGGAUGGAGCCAAUCUUUCUACACUCAUGAACCUUGAUAAUGAGGGAGAGGAUGAGGAGCGUCUCUGGCGAGAUCUCAUCAUGGAGCGUGUGACAAAAUCAGCAGAUGCGUGUCUAACAGCCCUGAACAUCAUGACAUCAUCACACAUGCCCAAAGCCGUGUACAUUGAGGACGUUAUAGAGAGAAUUCUGCAGUACACAAAGUUCCACCUGCAGAAUACUCUUUACCCGCAGUAUGAUCCAGUCUAUAGAGUCAACCCUAAAGGAGGUUCCAUGCUCAGCUCCAAAGCAAAGCGAGCUAAGUGCUCCACUGCGAAGCAGAGAGUCAUCAUCAUGCUCUAUAACAAAGUGUGUGAUGUGGUCAGCAACAUCUCUGAACUACUGGAGAUUCAGCUAAUGACUGAUACCACCAUAUUGCAGGUCUCUUCAAUGGGCAUCACUCCGUUCUUUGUUGAGAAUGUCAGUGAGUUGCAGCUUUGUGCCAUAAAGCUGGUGACAGCGGUCUUCUCUCGUUAUGAGAAACACAGACAGUUAAUUCUGGAGGAGAUUUUUACCUCACUAGCCAGACUGCCCACCAGCAAACGCAGUCUCAGGAACUUCAGGUUGAAUAGUAGUGAUGCAGAGGGUGAGCCGGUAUAUAUUCAGAUGGUCAGUGCUCUGGUGCUGCAGUUAAUUCAGUGUGUGGUCCACUUGCCUUCUGAGAAAGACAGCUCUGAAGAUGAUCACAGGAAGGUUGAUGACGAUGUGUUCAUCACCAACUCAUAUGAGACAGCCAGACGGACGGCUCAGAACUUCCUCACUGUCUUCCUCAAAAAGUGUGGCAGUAAACAGGGUGAGGAAGACUACAGGCCGCUGUUUGAGAACUUUGUGCAGGACCUGCUGUCUACUGUCAACAAACCCGAGUGGCCCGCCUCAGAACUUUUGCUGAGCCUGCUGGGCAGAUUACUGGUGCACCAGUUUAGUAACAAGCAGACCGAGAUGGCACUGCGGGUGGCAUCAUUAGACUAUCUGGGCACUGUAGCAGCCAGACUAAGGAAGGAUUCCGUCACCAGCAGAAUGGACCAGAAAGCCAUCGACUGCAUCGUCAGAGAGAGUUCAGAGGGAGAUGAGACCCAGCGACUGCAGAAAGCUCUGCUGAACUAUAUGGAUGAGAAUGCUGAGACAGACCCUGCUCUCACAUUUGCACGCAAGUUUUGCAUCGCUCAGUGGUUCAGAGACUGCACUACGGAGGCUGAGAAGGCCAUUAGGAAUCAGAAUCAAAAGGAGGAUGACUCGGAUAGCACACUGCACGCCAAAGAGCUCCAGGCCACCGGUGACAUCAUGCAGCGGGCUGAAACUCGCAAGAAAUUCCUCCACACCGUCAUUAAAUCAACUCCCAAUCAAUUUACUACACUCAGGAUGAAUUCAGACACCGUGGACUAUGAGGAUGCCUGCCUUAUCGUACGCUAUCUGGCCUCCACCAGACCAUUCUCUCAGAGUUUUGACAUCUACCUGACACAGAUUCUGAGAGUUUUAGGGGAGAACGCUAUAGCUGUCCGGACCAAAGCCAUGAAGUGUCUGUCUGAGGUGGUGGCUGUGGAUCCCAGUAUACUGGCCAGGUCUGACAUGCAACGUGGUGUUCACGGGCGGUUGAUGGAUAACUCCACCAGUGUGAGGGAAGCAGCUGUCGAGCUGUUGGGACGGUUUGUGUUGAGUCGGCCUCAGCUGACAGAGCAGUACUAUGACAUGCUCAUUGAGAGGAUACUGGACACCGGUAUCAGUGUGAGAAAGAGAGUGAUCAAGAUUCUUAGAGACAUCUGUUUAGAGCAGCCCAACUUUAGUAAGAUUACUGAGAUGUGUGUGAAGAUGAUCCGCAGGGUCAAUGAUGAGGAAGGCAUCAAGAAACUGGUGAAUGAAACAUUCCAGAAGUUGUGGUUUACGCCCACAGCCAACCACGACAAGGAGACCAUGAACAGGAAGAUUCUCAACAUCACUGAUGUGGUCGCUGCCUGUAGAGACACUGGCUAUGACUGGUUCGAGCAGCUCCUGCAGAACCUGUUGAAGUCAGAGGAGGACUCGUCCUAUAAGCCAACCAGGAAAGCCUGUGUGCAGUUAGUUGACAAUCUUGUGGAGUACAUCCUCAAAUAUGAGGAGGCACUUGCAGAGCAUAAGAGUGUGAACUCCACACGGUUGGUUGCGUGCAUCACUACACUCUAUCUGUUCAGUAAAAUCAGAGCGCAGCUGAUGGUAAAGCAUGCUAUGACUAUGCAGCCCUACCUCACCACCAAGUGCAGUUCUCAGAGUGACUUCAUGGUGAUUUGUAAUGUCGCUAAGAUCCUGGAACUGGUAGUUCCUCUGAUGGAUCACCCGAGCGAGAACUUCCUGACCACCAUUGAAGAAGACCUGAUGAAGCUCAUCUUAAAAUAUGGCAUGACUGUUGUCCAGUACUGUGUUAGUUGUUUGGGUGCGAUAGUGAAUAAAGUGACCCGUAAUUAUAAGUUUGUAUGGGCCUGUUUUAACCGUUAUUAUGGGGCUUUGACUAAGCUGAAGGUCCAGCAUCAGGAGGGCACGAACAGCAUGGCACUGGCUGCCACUAAAGCAGCACUGCUCAGAUCUCUUUUCACCGUGGGAGCUCUCUGCAGGCACUUUGACUUUGAUUUUGAGCAGUUCAAGGGCACCACUAAGGUUGUGAUAAAGGAGAAGGUUCUGGAACUAUUGCUGCAUUUUACCAAUCAUGAGGAUGAGGAAGUCAGGUGCAAAGCCAUCAUAGGACUGGGGUUCCUGUUCAUCAUGCACCCGAGUCAGAUGUUUGUUCCAGAGGUGAAAUCUCUGUAUAACGGCCUGCUUUCUGAUAAGAGGUGCUCCAUCACGCUUAAGAUCCAGGUGCUGAAGAACCUGCAGAUGUACCUGCAGGAGGAGGAUACGCGUAUGCAGGAGGCGGACAGAGAGUGGCAGAAAAUGUCAAAGCAGGAGGAUCUGAAGGAGAUGGGUGACAUCUCCUCUGGUAUGAGCAGUUCCAUCAUGCAGCUCUAUUUGAAGCAGGUGCUGGAGUGUUUCUUCCACACUCAGUCCAGUGUGCGACACUUUGCCCUCAAUGUCAUCGCGCUGACCCUAAGCCAGGGGCUCAUACACCCCGUACAGUGUGUGCCAUAUCUGAUUGCCAUGGGGACGGACCCAGAGCCUACCAUGAGGAACAAAGCAGACCAGCAGCUGGUGGAGAUUGAUAAGAAGUACACUGGAUUUAUCCAUAUGAAGGCAGUAGCAGGUAUGAAGAUGUCAUACCAAGUGCAGCAGGCUGUCUUGGGCUCAGCCGGAUCUGUGAUCCGUGGGUUCCGUCAAGAUGAGUCCAAUUCUGCUCAAUGUUCCCACCUCUACAGCAUGGUCCGUGCAAACAGGCAACACCGAAGAGCGUUCCUCAUCUCGCUGCUCAAUCUCUUCGACGACAGCUCGAAGAUGGAGGUGAACAUGCUGUUGUUCAUUGCUGAUAAUCUGGCAUACUUCCCCUAUCAAACUCAGGAGGAGCCGCUGUUCAUCAUGCAUCAUAUAGAUAUCACACUGUCUGUGUCAGGCAGCAAUCUGCUACAAACGUUUAAAGAGUCUCUCAUUAGGAUUCCAGGCAGAAAGAGCAAGAAGAGGAGACGGGGGCGACAGAGGCAACAGAACGGUUCGGAGAAGGAGAGAGGAUGUCAAGAGGAGAGAGAAAGAAACAGCGGAGAUGAAGAGGAUGUGGAUUAUGAGGAGGAUGAGGAGGGGCAGCGGGUGAGGAAGCCUAAACCUGUGGAGGAAGCCGGGGUGACUGUUUCAGAUUCUGAUUCUGACCUUGAUGAUGCCGAUGCUGUCAUGGAGCGUCUCCCUGAUGACACAUCAUCUCUCCUGGACUUUGCUCGAGCAUCACAGGGCAUACUGUUACUGCUGGUGCUCAAACAACACCUCAAGAACCUCUACGGUUUCUCUGACAGUAAAAUUCAGAAAUACUCUCCCACGGAGUCAGCAAAGGUAUACGAUAAGGCCGUGAACAGAAAGAUGUCGGUCCACUUCAGUCCAAGGCAGACUAUCGACUUCCUUCACAACGAUGACGUUCACGAUGGGGUGACUUACGAGCUGAAGAGGAAGAUCGUCAAACAGUACCUCGAUUUUAAGUUGCUGAUGGAGCACCUGGACCCUGAUGAAGAGGAUGAGGAGGGAGAGACGAGUGCAAACGUGAGGAAUAAAGCCAUCACUGCACUGCUGGGGGGAGCAGCAAGCCCCAGAAACCACCACACAGCCGACUCAGAGGAUGAGGAGAGCGACGGAGAGGAGAGGACACCGGGGGCAUCUCGGCGUGGAAGGCGCGCGGGAGACUCAGGGGACCUGCUGUUGGCAAACAUGAGCGAGUCUGUCAGCGCACUCGAUAUAAUCGCCAUCCACUGCCCCAAAUACAAAGACCGGCCGCAGAUAGCACGCGUGAUCCAGCGGAACAGCGACAGUUACAGCAUCCACUGGAUGGCGGGCUCGUACUCCAGCCCCUGGGCUGAGGCAAAGCGCCGUGACGGACGCAAGCUGGUGCCUUGGGUGGACACCAUCAAAGAGACUGAUAUAAUCUAUAAAAAAAUUACACUCACUAGUGGCAACAAGCUCAACCACAAAGUUGCUCAGACUCUACGUGCACUCUACGCUGCCAAGGACAGGAACUCCAGCUAAUAAUACAUACAAACACACACACCUCCCAUCUCCAACACCAUCUCUCUCCAUAUACCAUCUUGCCUAUCAGCCAAAUAUCUCCUGGGUCAUCGUCAGCCAAACACACACACAAACCCAAGCGGCUAUUCUACACUAAAGACUCUUUCUCUCUCUGAUGCACUCUGGGUCUUAUGGUAACAUUUUGCCCUCCAGCAGAAAGACGCCGCGCCAGGGUGCAUCAUCGUAUCACAGGAAUAAAAUGUUUGGAGAAACAUUGUAUGGGUGCUCCUUCGCUGUUGUGCAGCAGAUUUCUGGUUGUUUGAUUUCUACUCCCAGUGUAUCAUAGUUUAACAUAAAAAUAUUGUUUAUAUCUAUAAAAGAAAUUUAAAUAUAUACUGAAUGUUGAAAGAAUUAGUUUGUUGAUGUUUUUACUUUUUUCUCUUUUUUUUGGAUUUCUAAGAGUCAAACGGCUUUCUAUAGCUUAGCUCCUUUACUGGCUGAUGAAAAUUCUUUCUGUUAAGCUGUUUGUCCAUUUUGUACGAUAGCACCGUGUGGCUGUAAUUUAUUGUGUAUAGCAUGCAGUGUCUGUGAGGAGGGCUGUGUUGAAGGAGAUUUUGCGAUAACAGGUCGCCCUGCUCAGCAUAAAGGGACCCACAUGCCUCUGAUGGAACAAAUACUGCAAUAAAUUUUCUACUUCUCUUA